UUUUGUCACGUGACCCCCAGUCACGCACAUGGCCUGAUGGUGCCAAGUUUGAAAGAAACUUCGUCAGGAGAAAGUCGUACAUCGCAAGCAUAUCGAGUAAAUGUUGCACGGUAUAUUCGAGUAAAAAAGUAUGGGUAGAGUUAACCGAUUGAUAACGGGCCUUCUUGUUAUAAUAUUCUGCAUGUCCGCGAUGGUUAAGAUUACGGACAAGUUUGAUGCUAAGUCACAUGCAUUUAUGAGAAAAGAGUUUGAACGGUUUGCCAAAGUGAGUCCUCUCACUCAGCUGUUUAAAACAAAGGUUAAUCCAGACUAUUUCAUGAGAGUAGCAGCAGUAAUAGAAGGAUCGACAGGAUUAUUUAUCAUAUCUGGUCCAAGAGAGGUCAGCAUCUUUGGAUGUAUCUCAGGAAUCGUAUGGCAAGCCACUGUUAUACAGAUGCAGUAUAUGUUGAAAAAUCCUAUAUUUACAAUGAUACCAGCAACAGUGGCUAUUCUUCUACUCAUUACAAAGACUAUCAUCUUAGCAAGAACUCCUGAUGAAGAACCACCAGCACAACGACUAAAGAAAGAUUAAUCUCUGUCACGAUGCAUAAGUGUUAGACAUUAAGCCAGGUUCACACAAGCAGGCAAAUGCUAGUACAAGGAAUGGGAACUUUCAUUUUCUUGUGCUUGCAUUUGCAAACCAAAUUAUGCAUGAAGUACAGUAUUGUAAACACAAACUCAAAACUAAAAAUGCUUUCGAUGUAAACAAGCAUUGCUGCACCUACAUAUUUUAAUUUGGUUGCAUUUUAUUUGCAUUUCAUGUGUGAUCAUUGCUUGUGUUGUGCUGGAGUUGCUCAUAGACCAAAUUUAAAACUCAUACCGAUGUGAGGCUUAAGUUGUGAACAAAGGAAUCUGGCGUGAUUCGUGACUUUUGAAUCACGCCAGCUUACUUUGAGUCACGCCAGAUCCCUUUGUUCACAACUUAAGCCUCACAUCGGUGCGAGUUUUGAAAUUGGUCUAUAUGAACCAGGUUUUUAUAUUUUACCAGCAGGAGGCUACCAUAUAUCUAGACAUGUACAUUUAUAUUUCUAAGCUUUCCUUAUUCCAAAAGCAAGGGAUUUGAACUUGAAUCGAACUGUCAAAAACAGUGAAUGUAGUGGUAGUACAUGUUACAUAUACAAGGAGUGAUGACUUUUAAAUAUAAACUAUAGAUUUAUAGACUUUACAAUUACUGUGAUUUGAUUUAAUUAUUAUUGCUGUUUGUGUUAUUUUCUAAUCUGAUAAUGUAUAAUUUAAAAACAAAUUAUUUAUGUACACAUGGAUUGGCAAAGUUCAUUAAUUUGGUGCAGUUGUUGAUAUAAUAAUUCAUACAGUGAGUUUUUGUUAAAAUACAAAUAAUGGCAAUUUUUCGAGCCACUGCGUGCUUGACAUAUUUUCUAGUGUACUCUAUUCUUGUGAUGGUGUCUUUCAAUACUCAUUCUAAGAUCUUUCAUGCAUUUGAAGAAAAGUUUAAGCUUUUUUUCUUAGUACCUACUGCCCCAUUUUAUAGGGCAUUUCUUUUUUAUUUCAUUUACAAAAUAAAAAAAAGAAAUGUGAA